AUGGGGAAAUGUAGGGAAACGGACGAAGAUGAGGACGACGACGACGCUGCUGCUGCAACGUUUGCAAAGAUGGGAGAUUUAGUUAGGGGGGCGUAUUUAAAGCCGAAAGGGAUGCCAGAACCGAGCGGUGUAUCAAUAUCACGCGGUAUCGCGUGA